AGCUCCACAAAGCACACCCAACAAGUACUUUGAGCUUCUGCUUCCACAAGCUUACAUCUUUCACAGUCAAAUCGGUGCUUCUGGGUUUCAUGUCACUCUCACCUCACUAAAGCUUCGAGCUUUACCCUACUUCAUCAAUUCCCAGCUCACUUUCUUAGUCACAGUUCAAUUUCUGAGAUCUGGGCUGUUUAGGGUUUCUGCCCAAGUGGGUAAAGGUUUGAGCUUGGAGGCGUAGGGGAGGAGUUUAGGGUUUGUGUUGAGCUGAAUGUGGUGGGUUCUGGAAGGGUGAGGAAGAUCUGGGGCGUAUGAGGGUGAAGGGGGUUGUGUUUUGUAUUGGGAAUGGUUUUGGAUGAUAGUGGUUUUUUGGUGUAGGUGUUGCUUUGGGGGUUGGGGGUGGGCUUGGUUUCACUGCAUUUUCUGAUGCGUGCUUUGUUCAAGGUUUGGUGAUAGUUUGAGGGGUUUAGUGGGGUGUGAAAGGAGUUUGCUUUUUCGGGGUUUCGAAUAAGAAUGAGGCUUUCUUCUUCGUCUUCGUCUUCCGGGUUUAACAAUCAUCAGCCUCAGGAAGGGGAGAAGAAAUGUUUGAAUUCUGAGCUAUGGCAUGCGUGCGCGGGGCCUCUGGUGUCUCUGCCUGCUCUCGGUAGUCGUGUAGUCUACUUUCCGCAAGGUCACAGUGAGCAGGUUGCUGCAUCAACCAAUAAGGAAGUUGAUGCCCAUAUUCCCAAUUACCCAAAUUUGCCUCCACAACUAAUUUGUCAACUUCACAAUGUGACUAUGCAUGCAGAUGUGGAGACAGAUGAAGUAUAUGCUCAAAUGACCCUUCAACCAUUAAGUCCGCAAGAGCAAAAGGAUGUAUACCUAAUGCCUGCAGAGCUGGGCAAUCCCAGCAAACAGCCAACCAACUACUUCUGUAAAACUUUGACCGCAAGUGAUACUAGCACACAUGGAGGAUUCUCUGUUCCCCGCCGUGCAGCUGAAAAAGUCUUUCCUCCUCUUGACUACUCACAGCAGCCCCCAGCACAGGAACUAAUUGCAAGGGAUCUUCAUGAUAAUGAAUGGAAAUUCAGACAUAUAUUUCGAGGCCAGCCCAAGAGGCAUCUUCUCACAACAGGAUGGAGCGUGUUCGUGAGUGCUAAACGACUUGUUGCCGGUGAUUCUGUCCUUUUUAUCUGGAACGAAAAGAAUCAGCUGCUCUUGGGUAUUCGAAGAGCAAAUCGUCCGCAGACUGUUAUGCCGUCAUCGGUUUUAUCAAGCGAUAGCAUGCAUAUUGGUCUUCUUGCUGCUGCAGCUCAUGCAGCUGCGACAAAUAGUCGCUUUACUAUAUUUUAUAACCCUAGAGCAAGUCCAUCAGAAUUUGUGAUACCCCUGGCCAAGUAUGUUAAAGCUGUCUAUCAUACACGUGUCUCUGUGGGAAUGCGGUUUAGGAUGCUGUUUGAGACAGAAGAAUCAAGUGUUCGCCGAUACAUGGGUACAAUAACUGGCAUCAGUGAUUUAGAUUCUGUUCGCUGGUCAAAUUCACAUUGGCGCUCUGUGAAGGUUGGCUGGGAUGAAUCCACUGCAGGGGAGAGGCAGCCAAGAGUUUCAUUGUGGGAGAUUGAACCGCUAACAACUUUUCCCAUGUACCCUUCCCCAUUCCCUCUCAGACUGAAGCGACCAUGGCCAUCGGGCAUGCCCUCUUUCCAUGCACUCAAAGAUGGUGAUAUGGGCAUGAAUGCGCCACUGAUGUGGCUCCAAGGAGGGGUUGGAGAUCCAGCGAUGCAAUCUUUGAACUUCCAGGGAUUUGGGAUGACGCCCUGGAUGCAGCCACGGCUUGAUACAUCGAUGGCAGGUCUACAACCUGAUGUUUAUCAAGCAAUGGCAGCUGCUGCACUUCAAGAAAUGAGGGCAGUGGAUGCUAAAUGUUCUUCACAGUCUCUUCUUCCCUUCCAGCAGUCUUCAAAUGUUUCAAAUGGGGCUGCUGCUAUGCUUCAGAGACAGAGUUUACCUCAGUCUCAGUCUCAGAAUACUUUUCUUCAGAGCUUUCAAGAAAACCAAGCUCCUUCUCAGCUGUUGCAACAGCAGUUACGUUAUCAUCCAUAUAAUAAUGAUCAGAGGCAGCAGCAGCAUCAACAGCAGCUGCACCAGCAGCAGCAACAACAGCAACAGCAACAACUUCAGCAGCAGCAGCAGCAGCUUCAACAAUCCCAGAAUAUGCACCAAUUUUCUGUUCAGCAGCAGAUUCCGAAUGUCAUGUCUUCUCUAUCUAAUUUCGCUACUCAGUCUCAGUCUGCAUCUCUGCAAGCUAUCCCUUCACAAACUCAGCAGCAGAGCUUCACUGAACCUGUUGGAAAUGCUAUAUCUUCAUCCGAUGUUCCCCCUAUACAUAGCAUAUUAGGUUCAUUGUCGCAAGAUGGAGCAUCGCAAUUACUUAACUUGACUGGAUCCAACUCUGGAGUAUCUUCUUCUUUGUUACCCAAGGUUGAAUCACAGCUACCAUCCGGAGCUGCUCAAUGUGGACUCCCACAAGUGGAUCAAUUGGGAACACCACAGUCAAAUAUCUCUGAGCUCACUGCCUUGCCUCCAUUUCCUGGCAGAGAGUACUCUUUCCAGGGUGCUAAUGAUCCCCAGAGCAAUCUUUUGUUUGGGGUUAACAUUGAUGCCUCGUCUCUUAUGCUACAGAAUGGGAUACCAAAUCUGAGAAAUAUUGGAAAUGGAACUGAUUCAUUGUCUAUGCCGUUCGGUGCUUCAAAUUAUACCACAACAGGCAAUGAUUACCCACUUAAUUCAGAUAUGACUACUUCAAGUUGUGUAGAUGAAUCAGGCUUCUUGCAGUCUUCAGAAAAUGUGGACCAAAUAAAUCCACCAACUCGAACCUUUGUGAAGGUUCAUAAAUUGGGGUCCUUUGGGAGGUCACUGGAUAUUUCAAAAUUCAGCAGCUACGAUGAGCUGCGCAGUGAGCUCGGAAGCAUGUUUGGCCUUGAAGGCCAAUUAGAGGAUCCUCAGAGAUCAGGCUGGCAGCUUGUAUUCGUUGACCGGGAGAAUGAUGUUCUUCUCCUUGGUGACGACCCUUGGCAGGAGUUUGUGAACAACGUUUGGUAUAUCAAGAUACUUUCUCCGCUUGAAGUGCAACAAAUGGGAAAGGAAGGCCUUAAUAGUGUGGCUUCUGUCCCAAGCCAAAAGCAAUCCAAUGGCAACAGCACCUGUGACGACUACGUAAGCCGACAGGACAUGAGAAACUCAAGCAAUGGGAUUGCAUCGCUGGGCUCCCUUGACUACUAAAUGCACAUGCUUUCUACAUUCAAUGUUAAGAACAUUUAAUGAGUGUGUUAACUAUGCUAGUAGUGUUUAUCAUAAGAGGAUUGUUAGCAUUCUACCUUUUUCUGUGGCCGGUGAGAUGUACUAGCUUGCAUGUCACCUUAUAAUUCUAUACUGUAAAUUGUAGUAGGGAGGGAUCUUGUUCAUGAAAACUAGCGCAUAGAACAACUUGUACCCUGAGCCUAAGACAUCGAUGUUGAAUAGCAUUUUGUAUGCUAUCUUAUCUUGUAAUGUAUUAUUAUAUGAAGCUAAGAACUUGCUAUGAAG